UACAUCUCUCUCUCUCUCUCUCUCUCUCUCUCUCUCUCUCUAUAUAUAUAUAUUAUUAAUUCAUACAUACUCCUAUUGGAUUCCUCAACUCUGCGAUCUCACCCUUUUUGGUUGGGUGCAUUUGUCAAACAUCUACUAGACAUCGUUGAUCUUCAAUUUUCGAUCAUGGCUUCUUCCGCCCUUUCUCAGGUCCCAGCUGCCGUCUCUGUCAACAGUGACACCUCUCUACCAAGAUCCGUGUUUAAGACAAACAAUGUUUCCUUUCGCAAUAAAUCAUGGACAUUGGACUCGAAAAUUGCCAGCUCACGGUCGAAAAACCGAUUCGCGGUUUGCAUGUCGGUUCAACAAGCCAGCACACCCAAGGUUGGAGUUUCGCCUCUGGAUUUAGAAGACGUGAAAGAGCCACCACUUCACUUAUACAAGAACAAGCAACCGUAUACAGCUACUAUUGUUUCUGUCGAUAGGCUUGUCGGGCCAAAAGCUCCUGGAGAGACGUGCCACAUUGUCAUCGAUCAUGGUGGUAAUGUUCCCUACUGGGAAGGACAAAGUUAUGGAGUCAUUCCACCUGGUGAGAACCCUAAAAAGCCAGGCACUCCCCACAAUGUUAGGCUGUAUUCAAUAGCAUCGACCAGGUAUGGAGAUUCUUUUGAUGGCAAGACAGCAAGUUUGUGUGUUCGACGAGCUGUCUAUUACGACCCAGAAACCGGAAAAGAAGACCCCUCCAAAAACGGUGUUUGCAGCAACUUUUUAUGUGAUUCAAAGCCCGGUGACAAGGUUCAACUCGCAGGUCCUUCUGGCAAGGUAAUGCUACUGCCGGAAGACAAUCCAAACGCAACCCACAUUAUGAUUGCUACCGGCACAGGUGUGGCUCCUUUUAGAGGCUAUCUCCGCCGCAUGUUUAUGGAGGCGGUCCCCACAUUCAAGUUUGGCGGGCUCGCCUGGCUUUUCCUAGGUGUGGCAAACACCGACAGUCUUCUUUACGACGAAGAAUUCUCAAAGUACCUCCAAGACUAUCCGGACAAUUUCAGGUUCGACCGUGCUCUCAGCAGAGAACAGAAGAACAGAAACGGUGGCAAGAUGUACGUACAGGAUAAGAUCGAAGAGUACAGCGACGAGAUUUUCAAGCUUCUCGAUAAUGGGGCCCACAUAUACUUUUGCGGGCUGAAGGGGAUGAUGCCCGGAAUCCAAGACACGUUGAAGAAGGUGGCGGAGCAGAGAGGUGAGAGCUGGGACGAGAAGCUGUCACAGCUCAAGAAGAACAAACAGUGGCAUGUUGAAGUGUAUUGAGCAAUAUGAAGUUGGAUUUUUUCUUAUCUGAAAUUCUUCUGAAACUAUCAUUUCUUGAUGGAUUUUAUUCGAAUAAAAAUGCAAGUGGUGGGGGGGUAUCUUUGUGUUGUUUUUUGGUGACAAUUUGUGGUCUGUAUUUCAUGUCCAAAUACUUUUAUUUAUGUAGUGUCUGAACUAUUAUUGUUCUUGGGAAAUUUGUCUAUUGAUUUGUAAGGCAGUCACUGAUUCUUGUCUCCAAAGUCAACUUUCUUAUUUGAUGAGUCACAAUUGAUGGAUAAAAUUCUUG